AUGCCUCCCAAGAAGGCCGUCAAGGAAGAGAAGAUCCCUCUGGGUCGCCCUGGAAACAACUUGAAGAGCGGUAUCGUUGGUCUUGCCAACGUCGGAAAGUCGACACUUUUCCAGGCCAUUACCAAGUGCAACCUUGGUAACCCCGCCAACUUCCCCUACGCUACCAUUGACCCCGAAGAGGCUCGCGUCAUCGUGCCUGACGAGCGAUAUGACUGGCUCUGCGAGAAAUACAACCCCAAGUCGCGCGUUCCCGCCAACUUGACGGUUUACGAUAUCGCCGGUCUGACAAGAGGUGCCUCUACUGGUGCUGGUCUUGGAAACGCUUUCUUGUCGCACAUUAGAGCCGUCGAUGCCAUUUUCCAGGUCGUUCGUUGCUUCGACGACGCCGAGAUCAUUCACGUCGAGGGUGAUGUGAACCCCGUCAGAGAUCUCGACAUCAUUGCCGAGGAGCUGCGACUCAAGGAUAUCGAGUUCGUCGAAAAGGCCCUCGAGAACCAGAAGAAGAAGACCCGCAUGGGUGGUCAGAGUUUAGAAGUCAAGAAGGCCAAGGAAGAGCAAGAUACCAUUGAGAAGGUUCUCAACUGGAUCAAGGAUGGCAAGGAUGUCCGAAAGGGCACCUGGUCACCCAAGGAGGUUGAGGUCAUCAACCCUCUCUUCCUCCUCUCGGCCAAGCCUGUCGUCUACCUGGUCAACUUGUCCGAGAAGGACUUCAUUCGCAAGAAGAACAAGCAUCUUCCCAAGAUUGCCGAGUGGAUGAAGGAGCACGCCGCUGGCGACCCCAUUCUGCCCCUCUCUGUAUGCUUCGAGGAGCGUCUUACGCAAUUCGAGACCGAGGCCGAGGCUGCUGAGGAGUGCAAGAACCUGGGCAUCGAGUCUGCCCUGCCCAAGAUUAUUCUGUCCAUGCGCAAGGCCCUCGGACUUGGUAGCUUUUUCACCACCGGUACCGACGAGGUCCGACAAUGGACUAUUCGUCUUGGUAUCAAGGCACCACAAGCCGCAGGUGUCAUUCACACAGACUUUGAGAAGACUUUCAUCCAGGCUAUCGUAUACAACUUCAACUUGCUCAAGGAGCUUGGUGAUGAAUCCGAAGUCAAGGCCAAGGGUAAGAUCAUGACCAAGGGUAAGGAGUACGUCGUUGAGGAUGGUGAUAUCCUACUCAUCAAGGCCGGUGCCGCCAAGGGUUAG